AUUAGUUGAAGUCUUAUUCUCGUUUCAUGCACUACAAGGUGCACAAUUCAUAGCAUGAUUUUCCUUCAGUUGGUUAGUCUUAUUAUUCUAAUUUAGCUAUUCGUUACAUCUUCAAAUGAAAAUGAUGAGAUCGUUUUUUGUCACCGUAUUCUUCUUGGCUUGCUACAUGUCACUUGUGCUUUCCUUUGAGCGAGCACUAGUGAAAAAGGCCAUUGUAGUUUUCAAUGUUGGAAGCAAUUUGAUUCACGGAUCUCUUGAACUUACACAAAGGUCGCCAAAAUCAUUCGUCUCCAUUAGCGGUGUGAUAUACGGACUGAACCCAAAUAUGAAGCAGGGCUUUCAUGUUCAUGAAUCAGGAGACGUUAGAGACGGGUGUAAUUCAACAUUGAGCCAUUUCAAUCCGCAUCAGCAAAAUCACGGAUCUCCUUCCAGUUAUCAUCGACAUGUCGGUGAUCUCGGAAAUAUUCAAGUUGAUUGCAAUGGAACCGCAGUGGUGAACAUAUGGUAUACGAUGAUUUCAUUGAGUGGCGAACAUUCAAUCAUUGGACGAGCAUUUGUAAUUCACGAGAAAGAAGAUGAUCUAGGCAAAGGAGGAAAUGAAGGAUCAUUGAAAACUGGAAAUGCUGGGAGCAGGGUGGCCUGUGGUAUUGUGGGGAUUUCUUCAUGAAUAUGGUUGCAAAUAAGUCAAUGUAUAAUUAUUCCAUAUUUGUGUUAAUUUCAUGAAGAGUUAAGAAAUGUGUUUAAUAAUCUCGAUACAAUUUUAAUCUGAAAUUAUAUAUUUAGUUUGACAUUGCAACACUAAACA